AGAAGAGUAAAAAAGAAAACGGAAAACCCUCCCACGCCCGCCGCCUCGCUCCCGCGAGUCUCGCCCCUGCCCCUCCGCCGGCGCUACCACCGCCGCCCCGCCGCCCCCCGGCCCGCGCGCGCGUCCACUCCACCACGUGCCGUCCCAGCGCCUCGUGCUUCGCCUCCACGGGCCUCCCCGUCCUCCGGAGUCCGAACUGCUCCUGGUAGCAAAAACCCUAAAACCCCCACUGACCGGGGAAGCUUUCGUCGCCACAGCUCGCGGCGGCAGUCAAUGGCGAAGGUCCCUCUCGCCCAAUGGGUUUCCCAUGUGGAGGCCUUCGUCGACGUCUCCCGCGCCCCGGCCCAACACUCUGCCAGCGUGGACGCCCUUGCUGCCUUGGUGAACAAAGACAAGCUGACCCUCUUCGAUUUGGUGUCAAAUAUGGAGAUGUACUUGACGACGACGGACCACGUUGUUAGAUCCAGAGGAAUCUUGCUUCUGGGGGAAAUCUUGUGUCAAAUUUCAUUCAAACAGUUAGAUGUUAAUGCUAUUUCAACAUUGUCAGACUUCUUUAUAUCAAGAUUGUCAGAUUGGCAAGCACUUCGAGGAGCACUUGUUGGGUGUUUGGCUUUGUUGCGCAGAAAACAGACUGUUGGUAGCAUCAUCAUUGCUGAUGUCAAAAGACUUCUCGAGACUUUCUUGCAGAAUGUCCAAGUCCAGUCACUUGCAGCUGCUGAUCGCAAGCUAUGCUUUCAAAUUCUGAACUACAUACUGGAUCACUAUCCAGAGGCUGUCAAAACAUUGGUUGAUGAGCUUCUGUACGGAAUCUGUGAAGCCAUUGAUGAAGAAAAGGACCCAGAAUGCUUGAAGCUUUCAUUUCAUUUGGUGGAAGCUGUCAUGAAGCUAUUUCCAGAUCCAUCUGGUUUGGCAACACAAUAUGCAAGCGAAGUUUUUGAGAUUCUGAGUAAAUAUUAUCCGAUAUACUUCACACAUGGAGUGGGUGAUGAUUUGGACGCUACAAGAGAUGACCUUUCUAAGGCACUAAUGCAUGCCUUUUGUUCAACCCCAUAUUUUGAGCCCUUCGCAAUUCCUUUGCUUCUAGAUAAACUUUCUUCUUCUCUUCCAUUAGCCAAGCUUGAUUCUUUAAAAUAUCUGGAUAAUUGCAUCCGCUGCUAUGGUGCAGACAGAAUGGGCGGACAUGCAACCACUAUUUGGUUUAAGUUGAAAGAAGUGAUUUUUAGCCUUCCCACGGACCAAAUUUUGUCAACCUCAGGGUCAUCUAAAGACAUGGAGAAGAAUAACAAUCAAAUAGUAUCAGAAGCUCUCACUUGUUUGAAGACAGCUAUUACUCAUAUGGGUCCUUUAGAUGAAAAUCGUUUGAUCAAUUUAAUCUUGCUGGAUGAGGACAUUGUGAGUAGCAUCCAUUCUGUGGAAAGUGAAGAAACCUCUGUUUUGACUUUACAAAACCUGAUUCAACUACAUGCCCUUGGAAGUGUUAUUUCUAUUCUUGCUGAAUCAUCUGCAUAUUUCUGCACUAGAGUUCUUCAAGCGCAUUUCGUGCGCUUGGUAGAUAGUUUGGAAAUCUCAGCUGGUCGUGGAUCUCAACACUUGAAUAAUCGCAGUGGAUCUUCUGCUCCUAUUAACUAUGGUGCGCUCUAUUUAUCUGUCCAAAUGCUUUCAUCCUGUCGAGAGGUGGCCUUGGCAUAUCAAGAAGAUUUUUCUCCAAUUAAAUCAGCAAAGGAGUCUUGGUGGCUUAUCUUAGAAAAAAAAAUGGAUUCAAUAAUCCAUCUUCUUCAAUCUGUAUUGACCAUUGAUUCUCAGCCUGCCCAGUCAGCACUCAGGCAAGAUUAUGUUUCAUGUGCUGUGAAGGGUUUGAUAACCAUUGCAACUUUCCCGGAACAAUGUUCACCUCUAUCAGCAAAUGCAUACGAGGAGGUUCUGUUGACACUUACUUCAGUAAUUAUGAGCAAGUGUGAAAAUGUGCAUUUGUGGAGAUUGUCAUUGAAAGCAUUGACCAGCAUUGGCUCAUCCAUUGUGGAGUUUCAUGCUUCUCAAAAGGAAAAUAUUUACAACAAAGUAGUUGUUGACAAGAUUAUUUCUCUGGAUGAACCUUAUGAUACUUCGAUACCCCUCAACCUAAGACUUGAAGCAUGUUUCGAAGUUGGUACUUCAGGUUCAAACAGUAUGUUAAGGGUUGCUAGAUCUCUUGAAGAAGCUGUUGUCAGCAGUAUUUCUGAGGUUAAUGGAAGAACAGGCUGCACAGUCCAUCUGCUUGAAUGCUACUGUGGUCGGGUCCUUCCUUGGUUGUUUACUUUUGGUGGUGUCAAUGAACUUGCUUUGAACUUUGCUGUGCGUCUCUGGAAUGAAAUUAGGGACUUGGCUAUUUCAGAUAGAAUCAGAUCACAGGGUCUUCUUAGCUCACUAAUGAUGGGAAUGAAGCUUUUAGUUGGAAUCUGCACAGAGGAACAACAGUCAUUGAUUGUUCAGAAAGCAUAUGGCACAAUAUCGUCGAUGCUAUCACUUCCUGUGAUAUCAAUGGCACAGCAUCUUUUGGCUGUCAAUGAGCCAGUUCCUUUAUACUCUGUUCAUGAUACACCUAUUGUGUGUAUGCUUUCAUCGGUCAUAGUUGGUCUUCGGCCUCAAACACCUCUACCAGAUAUGAUGAUGAUUAUUAAUCUCUUUACAGCAUUCCUACUGAAAGGGCAAAUCCCAGCUGCCCAUGCAUUAGCUUCCAUUUUCAACAAAAAUCUACAAAUUUCAGAAUUCUCACAUGAGAAUAGAUUGGAUAAAGUGCUUGAUACUAUUCUUGAGAGGUGUUUCUCAACUAUAUCAUUGCGAAGCAGUAUGAAGAUAUCUCUCUCUCAUGCUGCCCGUCCAGAUGAUGCUAAUUGCUCGGAGAGCUUGUCUGGAAGCAUUGAUUCAAAGGAUGAUAUUAUGGCUGGCUUGGCAUGGCUUGGCAAAGGAUUGCUUAUGAGAGGAGAUGAAAAGGUGAAGGAUGUUUCAAUGUUUCUUCUUAAAUGCCUAUGCUCGGAUCAGAGUUUGGCUGGCAUUUCAUCCCACCAGGAAGAACAUGAUAUCAAUGAUUCAUCAUGUGCCUCUCUUGCAACAUCUGCAGCUGAUGCAUUCCAUGUGAUGAUGAGUGAUUCAGAAGUUUGCCUGAACAAGAAGUUUCAUGCAAGAAUAAAACCAUUGUAUAAGCAGCGUUUCUUCUCAAUAUUGAUGCCAAUUUUUAUCUCCAAAAUCAAGGAAUCUACUGUGAUGGUAACAAAAUUUGUUUUGUAUCGAGCUUUUGGGCAUAUCAUUUCCAAUGUUCCAGUACCAGCAGUUAUAACAGAAGCCCAUAAGAUUUUACUUGUGAUGGUUGAUAGCUUAGCUAAAUUAAGUCAGGAUAUUAAGGAUAAAGAUCUAGUGUAUAGUAUGUUGCUCGUCUUGUCUGGAAUGCUUAUGGAUGAAAAAGGCAAAGAAUGCAUUGUGGAGAAUAUCCAUAUCGUCGUCAAUGUUCUCGCACAGCUUGUAUCGUAUCCUCACAUGAUGGUUGUUCGCGAGACAGCCUUACAAUGUUUUGUUGCCAUGUCUAGUCUUCCUCACUCAAGAAUUUAUCGCAUGCGACCACAGAUCCUACAAGCUGCAAUCAAGGCUCUUGAUGAUAAGAAAAGGACAGUUCGUCAUGAGGCUGUUCGGUGUCGACAAACAUGGAAAUCAUAUGCUUAAACGUAGUGUUGAUCUUAUGGGGGUGGCAUUGUUUGGGUUUCGGUAGAGCUUACUAGGUGAUCCUGGUGGCCAUUGAUGAGGUACAAGAUUGGCAUGGUAUGCCAUUGCGCGACGACUCAGCAGCUGAACACACCUCUGAAAUCUGUUGUCCAUUUGCAUGGGGGCUAUUGAGAGUUCUGGAUG